AUGGGAAAAGUAAAAAAAAGAGUCCAACAUCUUCGUGAAAUUGCACAGAUCCCUAGGAAAAAUACCUUUAAGAAAGGUAAGUCACUAUUUUCACAAAAAAAUGAUUUAGUUGAGUGGAAUGAAGAGUUUUAUGAAGCAGAGUAUCAAGAAGAAUAUGAAGAAUCAAGAGUGGAAUUAAGCUCUGAUGAAAGUGAUGUGAUUGAAUGGGUUGAUGAAGAAGGUGAAGCCACAAUAGAGUCACUUUAUGAAAAGCUCAUUGAUAACAUGCAAAAGCUUCCCAAAUCAAAUCGCCCAAACAUAUACUUAAAAAAAUCUAGAACCACAUUAUACCGUAAUAAAAAAGGAGGAGAAAAAAAUGCAAAGGAAAAUGGUUCAACAAUGCUUGACUACUUUCAUUCAGAAAAAGAUGAUUACAAUUAUGAUUCAGGUGUAGGAAAAUAUGAUGUUGCAAUAGAAAAAAUAGAAGAAACAUUGAAAACAGGUAAAAAGAUUACACCUGAUUAUAAACUUUGCCUUAAAUCAGUUCAAUUUUAUUACAAAUUGUUGAAGAAAGGAAAACCUAAAAUAACAGCAAGUAAGACUGUGGCAGAUAUUCUUGAUAAAGGUCAAUGGUUUGCUAAAUGUGUUCGAAGUUGGGGAAAAACCUAUUUUACAACUAAUCAGGUUCCAAGAAGUAAUCGUGGACAACACUUUUGCAAAUCUAGUUUUCUUUAUGAUGAAGAUGUAGAAGCUAAAAUCAUUUCAUAUUUUAGAUCAAAUAAAUUUAAUGUUACAGUAUCUAGCUUGUCAAAAUAUAUUGAAGAUGAAAUAAUUCCAUCUCUUGGCAUUGAUAGAAGAGCAAAAAUUGGUGAAAAAACAGUUAGAAGGUUGCUUAAGAGAUUAGGUCUUGCAGAACUACUUAUUAUAAGAGAUCAACUACAGGAUAAGUAUACAUCUAUGGCAGUGGCAUAUAAAGAAAAAAAUCAAGCCUGUGUAGAAUCCCAUGAAUUAUUUCGUGUUGAUCCAGGAAAUAUUGUAAAUUAUGCUAAUUACCAAAAAUUGGAUAGAGAACGAAUGCUUAUUCAACAUAAUAGAUUCAAUUUACACUGA